ACUCCCAUAUCCCAGCCGCCUCUCUCUCCCACAUCCCGCUCGUGCUCUCUCCCGCAGCCGCCUCUGUCUCUCCUGCAGCCCUAUCGCAUACGCCGCCGUCUCUCCUGCAGCAGCCAUUCACGAGCAGGACGACGCAGCCCAAGUCAGGAGGUGAAGAUGGUGUAGACGACACAGGAGCAGGCGGAGGGCAGCCGCUGCGCGGCUUCGUCGGUGGCUGGCCGAGUUUGGACCCCGGCUGGAGAUCCAAUUAACUGAUCCAAUUAACAGCUGCUCCAAUUGCAGCUGUGAAAUUCAAUCCCUGAAAGGUUCUGCUGCUGUUGGCUGCACUCCAGAAUUUGAUUCCCCUCUCUGGCCUGACCAGUACGUGCAAGGUGCUAAUCAAAAUGGUGUCUUCCGUGGAAUCUUCAUCAAGUGGUGACGACGAAGCGGGGGGAGAAGCUGUUUCUGAGGAAGUAGAAUCACCUAUUGAUGACGAGCAGCAGCACCCUGUGCCUGUGCCUGGUCCAAUGCGUCGAGCUCGAAAACCAAGGACACCAUCUAAGUGGCCGACUGACAAGAUUGCUGUCACCGAGAUUAGUCCAGAUGGGAUGCCAACCGAGGUGAAAGCUAAACGAAGAUUGCGGUUGCUUGCUGGUUUGAUUGCUAGGCAGAAGCUAUCGUUAGUUAUGCCAUCAUUCAAUGACCUUACUGAUAAGGACAAAUGGAACUUGUUUGAGAAAUAUGUCAUGGACUAUUUGGUGUUCCCAGAUGCAAUGAAGCCUAUGGGGUUUAGUGCUGCAAUGAAGAUGAUAUCUAAGAGUUGGAGAAACCACAAAAAUAGGCUAGUAACCAAUUUUGUCGAUAAAGACCUCUGUCCCUUAAAGCAUUAUCCGUACAUUGAACGUGAAGAUUGGGAGGAAUUUGUGGCAUUGAAGCAGUCUGCAGCAGCAGUAGCGGCAAGUGAAAGAUACAAAGUGAUUCGGCAAAAGAAUGUGCACAACCAUCGUCUGGGCACUGCAGGGUACGAGGGAAAAUUGAAAUAGUGGGAGGCAGAGGAUGCAGAUUUAUCCAGUAAAGGCAUCUCUAACCCAUGGGAUGAAUACCCUGAAGGCCGCCAUAAGUGUUGGCUGCGAGCAAGGAGUAAGCUUGUUGUGUCAAAAGAUAAAGCUGAUAUCAUUUGGUCACAGGAAGCAACAGAAAAAAUCUCUGAACAGAUUAAAGAGAAGCAAUCAGCCGCAGAAUCCUCGGGCAUCACUUGGGUCAGGGAGAAGGAUGUGCUAACUGCAUGUUUGGGUCCUGAACAGCCAGGUCGUGUGCGCGGUGUUUCAAGUUACACUGGCUGGAAGCAUGCAUGGCCUGAAUGUUCUAGCAUGUACAGAAAGAGAAAGAGGACUGAUGUGGAUGUGGAAGCGAUAGCAGCUCAAGUUAGAGAAGAUGUUACAGCUCAAGUGAGAGAAGAUGUUACAGCUCAAGUCACAAAAGAAGUGACAACCAAGGUCACCAAAGAGGUUAGCGCCAAGGUCACACAGGAUAUCAUGGCCUAUCUUGCAGAUCAAGGGUUUCAGGUAAAACCACCACCUUCUAGGACCCCUAGCCCUGCUUGCGGACGGAGGAGCAGUUGUUGCUCAGCCACCAAUGAUUUGGACUUGGAGAACAUUUCAAUUGAUCCGGAUACCAUUGAUCUUCUUCAAGAGCCAACCCAGUGUUCCCUUAUUGCGAACCUUAGAGGCUAUCAAGCUGUGGUUGCAGAGGGUCGGGUGUUCCCAAAGGAAACUGAAUUGCAGUCAGUCCAAAUAGACCACGAGCAUGCAGUAGUCCAAGUGGAAUAUGUACAUCCAGGUUAUGAGAAUCAUGUGCUGCAGCCACCCCCAGAUGAUGAUACAAAUACACUUGGAGAAGCUCUACUAAAGAGAAUACAGUGGAGGAGGCUGCACAUUCUAGUCAACAGUACACAACCAUCCUUAUCUCAGCCAAAUGAGAUCACAAAGAGUUCGAAGAGUGCUUCAAAGGGCACUAGUGCUAUUAUUUCUACAAAGCUACUUGCGGGGGCCAAGUCAACUUCAAAUCAUCAAUCUCCUGCCACAUCUGAUGCAACAAAUAGUGUGCCAAAGGACCAUACUGCCAAUCCUACAAAAAAUCCAAAGAGCUCAGAGAUGGGGGGUGUUGCCAACACUAUGCUGCCCACACACCCAAAAGUGGGUAUUGGAUCUCUUGGAGGGAGUGGAAAGCCACCCAUGCAACAUAAAGGGGCUAGUAAGGCUGCUGGAGAGAGUGUAAAUCCACCCAUACAGCAAAAAGUGUCUGUUAAGGCUGCUGGAGCGAUUACAAAACCACAACAGCAGCAAAAAUGGUCUUCUAAGUACAAAUGUGGUCAGCCAUUUCUCCCAUCAUUGGACCUCAAGCGGGUAGGACCUGCAUGCGCUGCUCUUCACGCUCAUUACAUGAAAGACUGUGUCGACACUGAGAAGAAUGGCAUAUUGGUUAGGUUCAAGGGUAUUUAUAUGUUGAAUUCAUCUGACUUUGAGGUUGGGCUUGUGAGAUACAAUCAUCUACAUGACCUCUUCAACUUUAGCGCAUUGGAUGGCUCCCUUCUUCGAUGCUUGACACUAUCCCUGGUUGUAGAAGCUAAGGCUAAGGACAUUCCUGUGGGCUUUCUUGAUCCACAACUGAUGUCACUGGACAACAUAAAGUAUGAUAGAGUGGCUGUUCUUCGCUAUGUGCAAAAGGCCUUCACUAAAUAUACCAGUAAAGAGUAUAUAAUGUUUGCCUACAAUUCUGCUAACCAUUGGAUUGUUGUGAUAUUAAUUCAAAAGUGGGAUAAGGUCAUAUACCUUGAUUCCAACAGAUCUGGAAACCAUGAUUUUAGCAUGUUAAAAUUGUUGAUUGACGAGGCUUUUGCAGCACACACCAGCAAGAUGAAAGAUAAGCCAAAUCCACUGACACACGCUCUUAAAUAUGCCUGCCAUCAGCAAUCUAAUUCCGGCAAGGGAUCCGCCUUCUUUGCUGCACACCACCUGACUAUAGUCAUGGACAAGACAAACUUGGAAUGCCCAGAGGAGUUUGAAGUGUUGACGAGGCCAUUCGAUGGGUACAGCAUCAGAGAAAGGUUGGCAACGUUCUUAGUGGAAAAAGUCAUCAACAAUAAAGGAGAGUUCCAUCAGCCUAGCUAGUUAACCACUAGUGAUGUGUAAUUGCCAUUAUUAUGGUAAGGUGAUGUAAUGUGUGUGACUGAACAUAUAAGUUAAUAAGUAGAUUUCGAACAAGUUAUGAACUGGUUGUGAAUCUGUCAAUGAAUUUAAUAUAAAUGUGAAUCGGUUCAAUGCAA